UAAAUUCUUGAAGACAAAGACUACCAAACGAGGAAAUGGUGUUCCUAAACAGGAUCGUUCGAGCAGGGAUUUCUUCCAGCUCCAGGAACAAGAUCAUCAAAUGCCGAGCUGCUGUUGCGUGGGAGCCUGGAGCUCCACUCCAGAUCGAAGACAUCGAAGUCUCUCCGCCUCAAUCCAACGAAGUCCGGAUCAAAAUCACGCACACUUCACUGUGUCAGACGGACAUAACGUUCUGGCAAAAUAAGGGAAUGAAGCAUUUGUUCCCUCGCAUUUUCGGUCACGAAGCCGCUGGGAUCGUCGAGAGCGUUGGAGAGGGCGUUAGCAAUCUUUGUGAGGGCGACCACGUCAUUCCAAUCUUCACAGGCGAGUGUAGCGACUGUAAGUAUUGCAAAUCCCAAAAGACCAACCUGUGCGGCUCGCUGCGAGUCAAUCCCGAAUAUGCUGGAGUCUACGGCGGAGAUGGCACCCGGUUCAAGCAAGGGAGCGUCGAGAUCUCCCACUUUAUGGGAACUUCGACCUUUAGCCAGUACACCGUUGUCAACAAAGGCUGCCUUGCCAAAGUCCCCAAACGAGCUCCCCUUGACAAAGUUUGUCUUCUAAGUUGUGGCAUCACCACGGGAGUGGGAGCUGUCUGGAACGUUGCCAAGCUCCAAAAGGACGACACUGUGGCGAUCUUUGGGCUCGGCACCGUGGGACUGGCUAUAGCACAGGCGGCCAAGUUGUCUGGUGCUUCCAGAAUUAUUGGAGUGGACAUCAACUCUGAGAAACACGAGCUAGGCAAGCAGUUUGGUAUCACAGACUUCCUCAAUCCUCUAGAUCACGACAGGCCCAUCCAAGAGGUGAUAAUGGAACUCUGCCAAGGUGGAGUAGACUACAGCUUCGAGUGCAUUGGAAGCGCUGCGUUGAUGCAAGCGGCAUUCGAGAGCACGCACAACGCCUGGGGAGUGACCAUCGUUGCCGGAGUUCCAAGCGGACCAGCAACUCUCAGCACGGAUCCGGUAAAGUUGCUCUUCGGCCACUCCUUGAAAGGAACCAUAUUUGGAGGAUACAAACCAUCGCAGAUCCAUGAACUCGUAGAGAAGUACAUGCGAAAGGAGAUCAUGGUUGACGAGUUCGUGACGCACACUCUUCCGUUUGAAAAGAUCAACGACGCAAUUCAGCUGCUGAUGCAAUCACAGUGCCUAAGAUGCGUAGUGAGCAUGCACUGAAAACCAGCUGGAAGCAAGAAAAAAUCAGAACACGGCUUUGUCAAAAAUUGACUUAUUUUAGUGUUCUUCCACAUUGUUCUGAUUAGUGCAACUUUGCCACCUUUCUCUUCA